AUUUAAACUGCAGUCAGGCGAUUAUUUUCAGUCUCUAAACGACGAAUUUGAAGUUUUCGCUGCGCUUUUACUGAGUUACUUUGUGCUUUUAGUUGUUUAAAAGCCGAUUUACGAGCUGCUGGUAGCGGUUAGCUCGGGCUAAAGCUUCGCUAGUUCUGUUAGGUUUGCUUUCGGUACAUCAGGUAACGGUUUGAAGCUGAAGCUGCUGUAACCCAGGUACCACCCGAAUCUCCUCAGGCAGCUGUGACCCAUGGAGCGGACCGACCGGGGAAAGGACCCCCAGCUGCUGAGGAACCAACCCUACGACGAGAGUCUGGACGUGGAGGACGGAGAGGAGGUACCGAGUGUCUACAGCCCGACUCCCCGAGGACAGAGACAGACAGAGUGGAGCAGCAAUAAGGUUCUUGGCAUCAUGUCCACCAGCAGCAGCAGGAUCCCGCUGGAUGAGAAGCACAGACCUGUGAGGGCCACAGAGCUGGCGGGGCUGAAGCCAGGGCCCGGUCUGACCCAGGAGGAAGAGGAGGAGGAAGAAGAGGAGGACUCCGAUGAGGAGGAGGAAGAAGAGGAGGACUCCGAUGAGGAGGAGUCUGAUGAAGAUGAUGAUGACGAUGAGCCCACUGAAACUCUGGAGGGAGUGUACGACCCUGCAGACUACUCCAACCUGCCGGUUACCACGGAGAUCAGAGAGCUGUUCCAGUACAUCAGCCAGUACUCUCCUCAGAACCAGGAACUGGACCUCUGCCUCAAGGUCUUUAUCCCGGACUUCAUCCCAGCUGUAGGAGACAUCGAUGCCUUCCUAAAGGUACCGAGGCCAGAUGGGAAACCAGACAACCUGGGCCUACUGGUUCUGGAUGAGCCCAGUGUGAAGCAGUCGGACCCGACGGUUCUGUCUCUGUGGCUGUCGGAGGAAACCAAACAGCACGGAACCACAGAGGUACACACACCAGCACACACACACACACCUGCACACACACACACACCUGCAGCCUCCAGGGUCCGGUCCGCUGUCUCUGGUGGAUCAGUGAUCCUGCAGAGUCCUGUCCUCCCUGUGAUGGAGGGAGAUGACGUCACUCUGAGAUGCAGAGCAAAGAAUCCAACCCACAACCUCCCAGCUGCUUUCUAUAAAGAUGGCUCCGUCAUUGGUGAUGGACCAUCAGGUCACAUGACCCUCCUCCAUGUUUCCAGCUCUGAUGAAGGCCUCUAUAAAUGUAACAUCAGCCGUCAUGGAGAGUCUCCAUCCAGCAGGAUCUCUGUCAAAAGUCAGAGAAAAACCUUCAACGUUAGCUCCGCCCACUUCUCCACCUCCUGCCUCCCUCCUGGUCAGGCUGGUCUGCCACCUGCUGGUCUUCUGUCCGUACUGCAUCUCCACUCUCCUCAUGGUGUCUUUAUGUCAAAGCAGGAAAUCAGGAAGUGACCUACCAGCCCUCUCUGAUCAAGGAUUGGAUGAUGAUUACAAUGAUGUCACCACAGAGCAUCACAUCUGAACUGUCAUCUCCCUUCAGUAUCGACUUCUAUUAACUUUAUUCUGAAAAGUUUGAUCUAAGUAAACCAGAACCAAGAUAAAUAAAGAUUUGUUUUUAAAUGUAAACAGAUUUAGAGUUGAGCAAGCUAAGAAACGUUCUCUUUUGUUUUUUCAAUAUUUCAUGUCCUUUCAUUAUAUUUUGUAAUUUAAUCUUCUACUUGCUAAAUUCUUGUCUUUUCUUCAGUAGGUUGGUUGAUUGAUUGAUUGAUUGAUUGGUAGAGCCGAAUUUAUUGCUGAAUGUUUUGCUUUGUUUUAUUAAUAAAUUCUCAGACUGAGUCAAACAUG